AUGGCUCGUUUCAUUUCUUUGACUUUGGCUACUCUUCUUUCCAUGGCUGUCUUUGCUCAAGCUGCUCCAACUGGUGCUGCUUCUUCCACUGAUGUCAAUGGACAAGUUCCUCAACAACAACAACCCAACGGUGGUACUAGCAUUGCUGCCCCAAAUGCUGCCAGCAAGCGUAGCAAUGAACAAGUUCCUCAACAACAACAACCCAACGGUGGUACUAGCAUUGUUGCCCCAAAUGCUGCAAGCAAGCAUAGCAAUGAACAAGUUCCUCAACAACAACCACCCAACGGUGGUACUAGCAUUGCUGCCCCAAAUGCUGCAAGCAAGCGUAGCAAUGAACAGGCUCCUCAACAACAACCACCCAACGGUGGUACUAGCAUUGCUGCACCAAAUGCUGCCAACAAGCGUAGCAAUGAUAUCACCACCAAUCAACCUGCUACUGCUGGCACAUCAACCAGUGGCAAACAGCAAACUGGGAAGCGUUCCACUACCGACAAUGGACCUGCUGUUGACGAGAAUACGAAUGUACCUGAAGAUGCCAAUAGCAAGGUCAAGGGGCAAGAAGAGAAGCGUAGUGCUAGUGCACACCAAAGCGAUAGCGGCAAUGCUUCAGGUGGAAAGCAAUCCAUUGGCAAGCGAUGUAACAAGGAUGUAGCUGGUGCUGAACAAGGUCAACCACCUGUCAAUGCUGGUGAACAAGAGGGUGCUGCUGCUACUGCUCCUGCUGCUGGUGAUCAACAAGAUGGAGCUUUGGAUGGCAUCACUAAGCGAAGUGAUAAUGAAAUUAAGAACAAGACCCAACACGAGGCCCGUGACAAUGAUGGUGUCCCUAAUGGUCACAGCGUUGAAGGAACUACUGGUCAUGGUCAAGGCGACGAGAAGGUUGAAAAACGCCACAACAAGGGCAAGCAUGGCAACAACAAACAAAACAAGGGUGCUCAAGCUCAAGGCAACCAACAAGGUCAACCAGGUCAACCAGGUCAACAAGCAGCAGCAGCCGGCCCUCAAUAA